UGCUGCAUGUAAGUUGUGACACCUCGCGGCCACCGUUAGUGGAGAUGUAAUAUUUUCCGGUAAAGUAGUUUGGUAGUUUCGUAAAAAAUUAAGUGAACGAAAAGUACGUAGAAAAUGUAAAUUUGCAUUAACUUAAUCUUCGGCUACAUUAAUCUAUGGCUUAAAUCGCUGCUUUGAGCGCGAUAAAUUUUCGCGAAUUGUGUCUAUAAUCGUCGUGUAUAUUACAUACAUAGUAACAUACAUAUAUUGCAAUAGGGCGCCUCGAAGUGUAUUAAAACAUUGAUCGGUGCAGUGAAAGUGGUAAAAAAUAACGAAAUCUAAUCAUUUUUCCAUCAUGUAGUCAAUGCAUUGUACUCAAUAGUCUUUUAAGUUCACAUUGCUAACCAAUGUCUUGUGUUAUACACUCACAAGGUUAAAGUGCGUUGAUUCAUAAUUGUUGUUUUCCUCUGGAAUUAGUAGAAAAAAAUGAGUGGGGAUAUGUUUGACGGAAAAGAUUAUCCAACCCAAUGGGCAUUAAAUCCUUCAGCUUAUCAAAAUAUGAGUAAUGAUCAAGUUGAUUGGGCAGCAUUAGCUCAACAAUGGAUCAAAAUGAAAGAAACUGUAGUUCCACCGGCACCACCUCCACCUACUAUUAAUCCUAUAUGCUCUGGGAACGAUGGUAGCGGAGAGGCACCAAUGGAUAUGGACACAAAAGAAGACGACGUACCACCUGCGCCACCUGCACCAACAAUUAGUGGAUCAGCCGAAGCAUGGAAUCAGUGGAAUCAGUGGGGCCAUUGGAAUACUUCAGGUUCUGGUGCAGGUACAUGGGAAUGGACUGGUGUACCUCCCCCAGGUGUUUCUAUAGGUUCUGAUGGAAAACCUAUGGGAAUUCCAACAGUGCCUGUUAUUCCACCUGCUCCAACUAUAUCUACAACAUCAGAAUUUAGCGUGCCACCACCAGCAACACCAUCUUUGUAUUCUUAUAAUUCAGUACCUCCGACACAACCUUAUAGUCAGGUGACUAAUUAUUGGUCUGGAGAACCGCCUACUGCUAUACCUCCUCAACCACCUCCUUUUAUGAAAGGAAUCAGACAUGCGAAUAGAGCACCGCAUAUGAGACCAAUGGAUACCGUAAGAUGUCGAGAAGAUAGGGAAAAGACACCUGAGGAGGAUACAACGACAACCAUAGACGCGGCAAAACGUAGACAAUUGCCAGCAUGGAUUAGGGAGGGUUUAGAAAAAAUGGAAAAAGAAAAACAGAAAGCUGUUGAAAGGGAAAGGCAAGAGAUACUAAGGAAACAAGAGUUAGAAGCCCGAAAGCAAGCCGAGGAUGAAGCUCGGGCUGUACUGAAUCCUUGUAAAAGCAAAUUUGAUUCUGAUUCCGAGAAGGAAAUUGAACAAGAUGUUGAUGAUGGGAUACAUAAUCAGCAGGUGACUGAAAAAAAUUUCGAACGUACCCCGGACAUUCUUCUUCGUCCACGGAAAUCACGAUUUCGAGACGCGGAUUCACCGGAUCCACAUACUCACGCGGAUAGAAGUCCAACCACGUCCAACGCGACCAUACCUACGCCGAAACGGACGAGAGAAGAGAUACUGCAGGAUGUGAUGUUAAAGGUGCGGAGAUCGUUGACCGAAAUCCUUCUGGAGGUAACGAACGAAGAAAUCGGUGCUAUAUGCAGAGAGGUUUGGAGCCGCGCACGUGCCAAAGUCCCUGCAGGAGAGAUCCCCGUCGCAUCCCUCAACAACAUGGCCCCUCUUGCUCAGAUCACUCGCAAACUUGGUCUGGGCAUCUAUGGCGACAGCAACAGCGAAUCUGAGGAGGAGCAAAAUGAACACGUACAGACACAGAACAACGAUAGCGAUGAAGAACUCAUAGAAAUGGUGAAACGGCGGCAACAAGCGUUCAAAAAGACGGAGGAGGAAAUCGAGGCGCGUUUGGCCGAGGAGGAUGAGAGGGAAGAGCAACGUUACGACGAGCAGUAUAAUAAACAACAGGAAAAUCAUACUGGUAAUACAAGCUGCAAAGACUCAGUUGAUGAAAAAGAAACGGUAAAUAAUCAAAGAGAAGCGUCUGAAACUUUGUCGAGCGGCGGACAAAGUCCACAGCAACAAAUAGCGCCGCCUGAUAUGGCAAAGACCAAUACUCCAUCGGGAUCAGCCGAUUCCGAAUCUAGCAGUUCCGAGACUACCACCUCUUCCUCGAGUCAUAACUCGGUGAAGAAGAAACGAUCGAACAAAGACCGCGAUCGUGAAUAUCGAAAGAGGAAGUCAAAGAGUAGAAGUAAAUCCAGAGGCAGAAAGUCUCGGUCCCGUUCUUCCGAGCGUGGACACAAACGCAAAUCCAGAUCUAGAUCGCUAAAGUCUCGUAAAGAGUAUCGUUCAAGGUCUUCGAGCAAUUAUAGGUCCAGUAAGAAGCAUAGAUCGAGAUCGAGAAAUCGAAAACGGCGUAGAUCUCGCUCGAGGAGCUGUCGUAGAUCUAGAUCCAGCUCGGCCACCAGGAAAUGGUCGCGAUCGCGUUCCAGGGGAAAAAGGAAAUCGCGCUCUCAUUCGAGAGGCAGAAGAAGAAGUCGAUCCUAUUCUACUAGACGGAGUAAAUCCCGUGCGAGGGAUAAACGACGAUCACGAUCCAGAUCCAGGGCUAGAGACAGAUCUCGAACACGCUCCAAGGAACGUAAACGUUCGCAAUCUUACGUUUCCAGGAGUAAAAGACGGACACGAUCUAGAUCUAGGGAUCAUAGAAAAUCACGAUCGAGAUCAAGGCAGUCGAAUCAUCGGGACGGUAAGAAAUCGUCGUCGCAUCGGUACAGGAAUUGAACCUGACCAACUUCUAGCCAAGGUUGUAUAUACAUAUUCAUAAUUAAGUAAGAUUUUCGAGAUAUUCGUACGAAUUAAAAAAAAGAAAAAGAAAAAAAAAAAAAGAAAAAAAAGGAAUUUAAAAAAAGAGAAGAUAAAAGAUAAAGACACAUCUUUUGUCCAUGAUAGAUAAUGUUAAAAAAAAAAAAAAAAAAAAAAGAAAAAAAAAUAUUAUCGGAAAUGUAAAGAUUUUCAAUUGUGAUUGUCCAUUUUUGAAAUUUCUCAGCUACGCGCGCGUUGUAGUGAUAUCGAAUAUCGAUUAGGUCACUUCUUCCCAGUUUUAUUAAGCUCAUUCGAAGAGUACAUUAUCUUUAACUAUAUAUAUAUAUAGAAUACCCUCCGGACAGUUUGUAAUUAUUUCGCUCUCACAUCAGUCAGAUUUUUAACUGUAGCGUUAUUUCAAUAUAUAAAGAGAAAUUAAUUAUAUAUCCUUUUUUUUUCUUUUUUUUUUUCUUCUUCUUCUUCUUCUUCUUCUUCUGUAUUUAAUCCUAUUCCCACACAAUUCAUUACUAUGGAAAGUAACUCAGACACUCAUGUAUGUCAGCGAACAUUUUUUUCAUUCACGAUUCCGAUAUCAUUAUUUUGUAAUGAUGUAUCCAUUUUAUACAAACAAAUAUUAGCCUGCAUUUCGUGAGAUCGUAUAGAUUAGCGCGAACUUCCGUCUAAAACAUGUCGGACGUCGAUUUAUUUCAUACGAGUAAUAAAUAUCGAAUCGUUAUUAAUAUUCUCGUACUAAGCUUGAUUGCAUCGUACACUGCAUACUAUACUAUAUGAAACUAAUUCAGGUGCAAACGAGUUUCAAAUACCGAUACAUUCGAGAAUAAAUACGCGUAGAUAUCACGACCCUUCGAAUCUUUCCUUGUUUCCUUAGAAUCGCGAGUCUUCAUUUAUGUAUCGAGUGGCAUUUGUUAAUCUCGAAUCAGUGAAAGAGUAAA